GGCUUUUACUGACCCGCUCGUACGCUUUUCACCUUCUACCGUCUGUCACUCGCUUCAUCCAUCAGACAUGCAAGCAUUUAGAACGUGCUCACGGCGUUGUCAACGCCAGCUCAUCUUCGAUCUCUCCCGGCGUGCAUUCUCCUUCUCAGCAACGUCCUCCCAAUCCACCAGCAGCUCCUCUUCUCUCCCCUCCCCUGCCCAACCCCUCCCCUGGUUCGUCGACCCAUCCGAGCUCGCUCCACGCCCAACACCAAAGCGCCCCACCAUCCCCAUCGCUCCCCUCCCUGUAUCCAUCCAGCGCGACAGCCCGAUCGCCGCACUGCACGCCGCGCUGAGCACCUCGCCGCACCUCGAGCCGGGCAGCCUUGUUGUACGGGAGCCAAUUCCGACUGCGGACGGUCCGCCGCUGCCAGAUACUCCUGUAAAGGGGCGGCGGAAGCGCGGACGGACGUACGCCGGCGAGGGAGUGGCAGAGUUUAAUGGAGGAAUAUGGAGCUGGAUCAUCAUCGCACAGGUGAAAGAGGGCACGGAGGACAGAGGCGCCAUCGAAUCUGUCAUCCGGACAGUGCGUAAGACACUCUUAGUCACACAGCCGCCGCUUCCACUUCCUCCAAAUCCCAAGCGUCGCAUGCACAACGGAUGGGCGUUGAUCGAUGCCGGUGACUUUGCGAUACAUGUGGUCAGUAAGGAAAUACGUGAGCAAUACUUCCCGGAAAGGCGGGAGUGGUAAACCCCCAUCUCCUUCCCUCAGCUGAAAAUUGUACGAAUAUACCAUGUUCAAUUGCUGUUCGAACGAUGCAACUUGGGCGUAUAAGCGAGAUACAUCUGUAAAGGCAGAACGGACGCAGGCAGUGUUGGAUGCAUCCUGUCUCACUAACGAGAUUUUCAUCAGAG